AUGAGUUCCUCGAUAUCUAUACAUCUGUGGAUUUGUGUGUUGGUAUUCUUACCACCGUGUUACCCGGGACUAGAUUACACCUACUUUGAAGAUGAUGGUUUGAUAAUAAAAAAAACCGACUGGUACCUACAUCUAAAAACCAAAAAAUUAGAUGAUCAUAUUCGAAAAGUUGUCAAAAAUGUUGAAAGGCGUGAAGGUGGAUAUGAAGCUAAUUUCAAUGACCAUUUAAGUAUGGAUAUUGGAAGCCCGGAGCAUGGACUAUUGAUUGAUUCUCAGCUUUCCGAAGAACUGUAUUCAUUAUAUGUGCAUGCUCAAAUUAUUUCUGAAGCUUCCUACUCGAUACGCCGUGAUGAAUGUCCAAGUUGGAAAGCUGCCAAAGACUUACGGAAAGUGAAACUAGAUAAGACAUCUAUGGGUGAGAUGUGUUUGUCAUUGUAUUACAACAAAUCUGCUUGCAUCGGGAUGAACUUGAAGUAUCGUAGUCCUGAUGGUUCUUGUAACAACUUAAAACGUUCCUUCUCGGGAAAAGCAACCACGGCUUAUAAACGCUUACUGUAUCCUAACUAUAGUAAUGAGUUUAAUGAAGUUCCCGAAGAAUAUUAUUCGGAUUACAGACCCAGUCCUAGAAUAUUGAGCGUUGCAUUUGUCAAAGACGAGCACUCACCAGAUGACUUUAAAACGAUGGCAAUGGCGUACUGGACGAUUUUUGUAGGCCAUGAUCUAUCUCACACUGCAAUUUCUAUAAUGAUGAUUAGUAAUAGACCUGUGAGGUGUUGUCAUGAAAGCCGGGUUGAGCUCAACCCUGGAAAGAGAUACCACGAGUUGUGCUUGGCAGUUAAGGUACCGGUUGAAGAUCUAUUUUUCAGCAACAAUGUUCGUUGUAUGUACUACGGGCGUUCAGUGCCAGCUGUGCGUUCAGAUUGUACUUUUGGACCCAAGGAACAAAUGAACCAAGCUACUCAUUAUUUAGAUGGGUCGAUGAUUUACGGUUCGUCGGCGAAACGAACAUGGUUGUUGAGGACCAACUUGGACGGCCAACUAUUGACAAGCAUGGGCUGCGAUAACAAGAGCCAUGGCGACCCGCUACAACCGCAAUAUAUGCCACUGGAAGACACCGAAUCAAACGCCUGUCAGUAUGGCAGCGGCACGUGUUAUAGGGCUGGUGACAUCCGGGCAAAUGGGCUUCCACAACUUACGGUCAUGCACACGUUGUGGAUGAGGGAACACAACCGGUUGGCCAAACUACUGUCCCACGUAAACCCGCACUGGGACGAUGAACGUAUUUUUCAGGAGGCCAGGAAAAUCGUUACGGCAUCCAUACAGCACAUCACUUACGCUGAGUGGCUGCCAGCGCUGCUUGGGGAAAACUACACCAGGUGGAACGGGCUUGAACUGCCGACAAAAGGCUAUAGUAACGCUUACAACGAGACCACCGACCCGAGCGUCAGCAACAGCUUUGCGACCGCUAUAUUACCGUUCGCUAAUUCCAUGCUAAGCGACACUAUCAGUUUAUAUACGGAACACCGAGUGAUCAACGCAAGUCUUUCACUAAGGGAACAUUACAACCGACCAACUGGUUUACUAUCAAAUUACAUGGAUCAGCUUGUCAGAGGGCUAUCUACGCAGAAUACACAAAAAAUCGAUAUGCUAUUUACUCAAACUCUUACAAAUUACUUAUACAGUGCUCAUCCCAUCCACGAGUUUGGAAUGGACAUUGUCAGCUUGGAUAUACAACGAACCCGCGAUCAUGGUAUACCAAGCUACUCAGAAUUCAGAAAAUAUUGUGGACUAAAAGCUAUAAGAAGUGUACAAGAUUUAUCCAAGAUCAUGGUUGAAGGUUCAACUGAUAGACUAUUGAAGCAAUACAGAGAUUGGACAGAUAUAGAGCUAUUGGUAGGUGCAUUGUUUGAGAAACACGAAGACGACUCAAUGGUUGGGCCUACGAUGAGAUGUAUCAUUAGAGAACAGUUUAUAAGAACUAGAAUGGCAGAUAGAUAUUUUUAUGAUUUACCAAAUAUAUUCAAUGAAUAUCAACUGACAGAAAUCAGAAAAGUGACGCUUGCCAGAAUCUUUUGUGAUAACAGCAAUAAUGUCACAAUGAUGCAGAAAAAAGUAUUUUUGAUACCUGCGAUGGCUGAUUUGCAACUCUGUGAUUCCCAAUUAAUUCCAAAAAUCAACAUCAAUCACUGGUCAGAAAUGGUCGAUACAUUUAAAAAAUAA